AUGAGCAGCUAUCUAGUCACAUUCCACAGUGAGGAGACCACAGGAGCUCUGAAUGGUAUUAGCCCGUUCAUAAGGCAUUACGAAGGCUUGUCUUAUGAUCGUGAGGCCUUACACAGGAGACACCGGCGUGCCAAACGAGAGACCCAGACUCAGGACCAGACACUGCAGCUGGACUUCAGAGCUUUUCUCAGGACCUUCCGGUUGCGUUUGAGGCGAGACACGACGGGAUUCACAGAGCCUUUUGAAGUCUUCUCUGAAAAUAUAUCAAGUACAGCAGACCUCUCCCAUCUAUAUUCUGGAGAACUUGAAGAUGAGAAGGGAUCUUCCUGUCACGGCUCGGUCAUCCAGGGCCAGUUUGAGGGUUCUGUCCUCACAGCCAAUGGAACGUAUUACAUAGAGCCCGUCCACAGAUACACCAGCCAGCCCACACAACACCACUCCAUCAUCUACCAUGAGGACGACAUGGAUGCUCCUCCCAUGGGAAGCAGUCGUGACGGGUUCUGUGGUGCAGAACGUCUGCGGCGCCUUGUCCAAAGCCUCAGACCCAAUCAGGAAGUUCCAGUGUCCAGGUCGAAGAGAACAUUGGACCAGUCUAAAACCAGCUGUCUACUCCACCUCCAUGCUGACCACUUCUACUACAGGAAGUUCAAGAGUGUCGAGGCUGUUGUGGCUCAGGUUGCCUCCUACGUGAGAGCGGUGAAUGAUAUUUAUGACAAGGCCGACUUUGACGGUCUCAAGCUAAUCAACUUCAAAGUGAAAUCACUCAGUGUCAUGAGAGAGGAGGACGAGACCAACCCCUUGAAUCGGCCCUUCCUCGGCCCAGAGAAGCUGCUCAGUCUGUUCUCUGAGAGAGACUGGGGAAACUACUGUCUGUCCUACCUGCUGACCAACAGGGACUACAGUGGAGUGCUGGGGCUGGCCUGGGAGGGCAAGACAGGGAACUGGGGAGGGAUUUGUUCGCGACACACGCUCAUGCGGGAUGGUAGCAACGCCAGUCUGAACACGGGCCUGAUCACGCUGCAGAACUACGGCCAGUACCUGCCCCCCCAACACGUUCAGCUCACCCUGGCCCACGAACUGGGCCACAGCCUGGGCGCCCCUCAUGAUGAAGGUUUGGAUUGUGGGAACCUGGGUUCUUCUGGAGGGAAAGGCAGGUUCUUGAUGUUCCCUCACGCUACCAAUGAGGUCCGGGAGAACAACGAUAAGUUCUCUCCCUGCAGCAUCAAGCAUAUCAGCCGAGUCCUGAAAGUCAAGAAGGAUGACUGCUUUGUGGUCAGUGAUCAGCCCAUCUGUGGGAAUCAGAUCGUGGAGGAGGGGGAGGAGUGUGACGUGGGCCACAACGAGACAGACCUCUGCUGCCAAAGCGCCAAGGAAUCUGUGGGCAUCCAGUGUCGCCUGAAACCUGGCAAGAAGUGCAGUCCCAGUCAGGGUCUGUGCUGUGGGCCAGCAUGUGUCUUGAAACCGUCAGGGGUCAGCUGUGAGGAGGAGUCAGACUGUCAGCUGGAGAGUAUAUGCUCUGGUCUCUCCCCCAUCUGCCCCGAGCCUGUGGCCAAGACCAACAUGACCGUAUGCAGUCUGGGCACCCGGGUGUGUCUCAACGGGAACUGUGCUAAAUCACUGUGUGUGAGGUACGGCCUCGAGCAGUGUGACUGUCUGGGAGAGUCCAAAAAAGAAAAGUGCCACAUGUGCUGUCAACAGCCAGACAAGCCUGCAACCUGCGCCAGCACCACAUCCUCUGUCUUGACCAAGCAUUUCCAGGGAAAGCGUGUAGCCUUGGUUGCCGGGGCACCGUGUUCAGCCAAGCAGGGCUACUGCGACAUGUUCCAGGUGUGUCGCAUCCUGGACGCUGACGGGCCCAUCGCCAGGCUGAAGAACUCCUUCCUCCACCUGGUAGACCUGGAUGAGUUUGAUGACCUGGCUGAGUGGAUAAAGACUCACUGGUGGGCCAUUCUCUUGGCCAUCAUGACUCUGUCUGCCGUGAUGGUCAGCACCGUGUGCCUGUGUGGACGUACCCUGGACAUGGGUGACCCAGAGUAA